GAUAAUACUAAUUCGAAGUAUUUCUAUAAUUUUAUUCGUACUAUCAUUAGUAAGGUUACUAACGAAGCUCGUACCAAUAUUUUAGAAGAAUAUACUAAUCUUCGUCGCAGUAAUUUCGAUUCGAUAUUGUCUUUCCUUAUUCGUUAUAACCUUUUACGUAAACGCGUUACUAAAUAUAGCCUCAAAAUCGAUCAAACGGUUGAAAUUCUUAACCUCUACAAUAUAGUCAAACGCUAG